GGGUCAAUUCCAAAUUAUCAUAUGACAGCGUAUUGUUUUGAUCUUAUCAUAUCAGUCUUGCGAAAUGGUCAAACUCCCAAAAUUCCUUCUUGUAUUCCUAAUGAUAAGUAUGCUUUAUUUGUAACAUGGAAAAAAGGAUGUGAUAAGCGUUUGCGUGGAUGCAUUGGUACUUUCAAUCAACUCGUGCUACAUAAGGGCCUUCAUGAAUACGCCUUAAUUAGUGCUUUCAAAGAUUCUCGUUUUGAUCCAAUAACACUUCGUGAAGUAGAUCAGUUACAUUGUGCUGUUAGUCUUUUAAUGAAAUUCGAGAGGUUGGACCGUUACUGGGAUUGGACUAUUGGAGUCCAUGGAAUAAGAAUUGAAUUCCAAGAAAACCAUCAUAUCCGUGAUGCUGUUUAUCUACCUGAAGUGGCUGCUGAACAAGGUUGGAAUCAUGUAGAAGCCCUCGAUAAUCUUUUACGCAAGGGUGGGUUCAAAGGAACAAUAACUGAAGAAGUUCGUCUCAAAGUUAUUAUUUAUCGCUUUCAAUCCGACAAAAUUGCUAUGAGUCAUAAGGUAAAUUAA